AUCUUAGUCCCUAACACGCGAUUCGAGUCCGAGUUAGCAAGUUCUUGUUGGUUGGUUGUUCUUCCUAAAACCAAAAUUCCCUUUUCUUCUCUCAAUCUUCAGCUGAUCACUCGGGUGAUUCUUCAUCCGUCAAAGGAAUCGAACACGAAGAAUGAGGGAUUGACGGAUCUGUGCUGGUCAAUCUCUCUGCUAAGACAAUCAAUCAUAGUCCCCAAGUUGAACAAAUCAAGUGAUCGGUGUUCCAACUGAGAGACGUAGAUGGGUAAUUUGUUCGUCAAGAAGCCGAAAGUCACCGAUGUUGAUAAAGCGAUUCUUUCUCUCAAGACGCAGAGGCGCAAACUCGGUCAAUAUCAACAGCAGCUCGAUGCUGUCAUUGAAGCAGAAAAGAACGCUGCAAGAGAGUUAGUUCGUCAAAAGAAAAAGGAUCGAGCCUUGUUAGCUUUGAAGAAGAAAAAGGCACAAGAAGAAUUAUUAAAGCAAGUUGAUGCCUGGCUGAUAAAUGUUGAGCAACAAUUGUCAGAUAUUGAAUUGGCCAGCAAACAAAAGGCUGUUUUUGAAAGUUUAAAGGCUGGGAAUAAUGCGAUCAAAGCUAUACAAAGUGAAAUUAAUAUAGAAGAUGUCCAAAAGCUGAUGGAUGAUACUGCUGAAGCCAAGGCAUAUCAGGAUGAAAUCAAUGCCAUCUUAGGAGAGAAAUUAUCAGAAGAAGACGAGGAGCAAAUCUUAGCAGAAUUUGAGAGCUUAGAAGCUCAGCUCACCGUUGAAGAUCUACCCGAGAUCCCAACGUCUAAAGAAAAUGGCGAAAGGUUGGAUCUUCCCGAUGUACCGACCAAAAAACCUGUUGCAGCCGCCGUGGAAGAAGAUGCUGAAAUUGUUCCAUCUGAUGCUCCCACAAAGAGAAGAGCUAUGGAAGAACCGUUGGCAGCAUAAGUGUUUGAAGUAGUGGUGAAGUGGUUUGAGCUGAGAAUCUGUUCUUUGAUGAUGUUGUGAAUUCUUAGUAAUGCUCAGAAUGGCUUCAUUUACCAAUAUAUGAUGUUGUACAGACACCUCCUCAUGCACGUAUAUAAAUUGUUCUUCUUUCUGCUUUG